AAAGAAUGUAUUGAUGACACGAUUGACAAUUUUAUCCCUAGGCUUCGCAAGGAAAAGACGUACAUGUACGUGGCUCGAUUCGUGUCGCACAAUUUUUAAGGUUCCCACAUUUACAGAGUGCGAAUCAGGCCGAAAUCUGGCUCACUUUGCUCUUUUAAAAUCCUUUGCUGUCAUCUGUCAUAAUUUACAUGUAUGACUGGCCAAACCAUGGAGAACUCUACCCUCUUGUUUAUUACGUGGACAACGUUGGCCAGUUUCUAACCAUGACUAGCACUGAGCAGUGUGCAUGACCUGACCAGAAGUUGCAGAACAGGCAGUAACCUCUUCAAGAUGGACGCCGCUCUACUGAAGGAGAGGGAAGCCUUUCGCAAGCGAGCUUUGGCGCAGCCGGUCAUUGAGAAGCGGUCCAAACCAGCCAGCUCCUCUCAGCAAGCCAAGAGGAAGAAGCCUCUCAGCGCAGGCACUCAUGGCCAUGGUCAUGGAAGUGGCUCUACCACUGGAGGAUUCAACUAUAAGAUGAUGCAAGGAAGCUCCAAGUACAAGUUUGGCGUUCUGGCCAAAAUUGUUGACUACAUGAAGCAGCGUCACCAGGAAGGCAAUACCUUCCCUCUCAGCAUCGAGGAGAUACUGGACGAAACCAAACAACUGGACAUAGGUGCCAAGCAGAAAAUGUGGCUGAUCAAUGAGGCCCUGCCCAACAACCCCAAGAUCGGCAUGGAAGAUGGCAAGUACUUCUACAAGGCAACUUUCGUUCUGCGGAGUCGCAAGAGCCUGGAGCGACUCCUGAAGAAACACGACCAACAGGGUCUAGGGGGCAUCAUGAUGGACGACAUACAGGAGAGCUUACCCAACUAUGAAAAGUGCAUCGAGACUCUGGGUGAUCUUGUCAUCAUUAUAACGAGGCCAGACAAGAAGAAAGUGGUCUUCUUCAACGACAAGUCAGCCCAGCUCAACAUCGAUGAAGAAAUCAAAGAGUUAUGGAAUACAACGGCAGUAGAUUCCAUCGACGAGGCAAAGAUUGAGGAGCAUCUAAGGAAGCAGGGCAUAUUCUCCAUGGAAGAUCUCAGCCUCAAGCAUGUACCCCAACGUAAAAAGCGAGCUGGCAGGAGAGGUCCCAGGAAGUUCAAAACUCACAAUGAUCACUUGGCAGGCGUCCUCCAGGACUACUCGCAAGAGAGCUCCAAACCGAGCUGAUCACAACCUCCAAGAUGGCUGACAUGGAGACAGUUCCAAUUUUCACUCUGAUAUGUACAUUUUCACCCCAACCAGGACAUGCGUCAUGCACUGUGAAGGAGGACACGAAUGCAAGGCGCCAGCCUGCAGCGCAAUUUUUACGUCGAUUGCUGGGCACUUUCAUGGGACUUUCAUCUGUUUCACAGAAACCAGGGACAGAUGUGAAUCAGUGUAAUAUGAGCUUGUUUAACUUCAGAGACUGGAUUUGUGAUGGCUUUGUGCAGCUUCGGGUGAUGAUGACGAUGCAGCAUGCUACAAUACACAUCUUCUCGUAAACUGACUGCUGGAGCAAAGGCUACAAAAGUAUGCUUAAGGGUAGCCUCCUUUUUCUGCUUCAGUUUGGACAAUUUUGCUGCCAAGCAACUCUGUGAAAGUGAUCUAUGUCCAUUGGAACUGGAGCAAAUCUUGAAGCCUUCCUGGAACUAUCAAAUCCAUGUCAUAGCCCCUCCCCCCCAAAAAAAAACAAAGUGAGAGGAUGGACAAUGGCUGUGACUGGUAUCUAUGUGCCAAAUGCAACCGAUUUUUACAUCUUGAAAAAAAACACCCAACAGUUGCAACCACAAAGGAGAGUAUCGGAAUUUAACGAAGAAACAUUGUUGAAAAAUUGGGGGGAUUCUUCAGAACCUUGAGGAAGUCCUUUUGAAUUUGUCACAGGAUGCUCGCCGACUUGGAUUCAGCCAGCACAAGUUCUUGGACCUCCGUUACAACUGCACGGGACCAUUGGAAAGAAAUGGCCGUAGUUUCUCUGUGGACAGAUUUAUGUGCUGGCAUGUUAAGCUGUCUUCUGGUGAAAACUUUUGCCCAGAUAUAAGAUUAGUUGUCAUUAAUUUUAGAAUGUUACAAGAUUUCGAGGUACAAGUGUUUUCAUUAUUCCCAAAGUUAUAAUACUGUACUUGGCUUGUUGACAAACAAGCCCUACAAGAUUGAAAUAAAAGUAGAUGAAAAAAAAAUCUUGCCUUUCUUGCACGUUUAUCAUUUCAUCUUCUGGGACAUAUUUUCUUCCUGGUAACCAGUCUGUUCGCUUAACUUUCACAGAAGCAGACACCAAUUUCCUGAUUCUACUGACCACAGAAUGCUACUCCUGUAAUUACCAAUCAGCGGAGCUCUUGAAAGCACAGACACUGCACGUGUUCAGGAAGUUUUGGCCUGCUCAAGCACGUGGCUACAGUGUGCUGGAAGCAAUGUCCAACUAAUUACUCUUUUUUUUCUUGGGAGUUUAUCUGAAAACGUGUUGGAUCAUUA